AAGGCUCUCUCUAGUUCAAGCGAACAGCUGUUUAUGAGUUGAACGUGUAAUUUUACCAUUAUACGAAAAUUUAAAUCACGGUUAGUUUUUAAUAUAAAUAUUUACAUUUUUUAUUUAAAAGAUGACUACAUUACGUCCAUUCACCUGCGAUGACCUCUUCAAAUUUAAUAAUGUCAACUUCGACCCACUAACCGAAACUUAUGGGCUUUCAUUUUAUACACAAUAUUUGGCUAGAUGGCCUGAGUACUUCCAGUUAGCCGAAUCCCCAAGUGGGCAAAUAAUGGGUUACAUUAUGGGCAAGGUUGAAGGUCAUAUGGAAAAUUGGCACGGUCAUGUAACUGCUUUAACCGUUUCACCGGACUACAGACGUCUAGGCUUAGCUGCAUUACUUAUGAACUUUCUGGAAGAUGUUUCCGAAAAAAAACGUGCUUAUUUUGUUGAUCUGUUUGUGCGCAAGAGUAAUCAAGUGGCAAUCAACAUGUAUCAAAAUUUGGGUUAUAUAAUUUAUCGUACUAUACUUGAUUACUACGCUGGCGAUCACGAUGAAGAUGCUUAUGAUAUGAGGAAGGCACUCUCGCGAGAUGUGGAAAAGAAAUCUAUUAUACCAUAUACACAUCCGGGCUGUAACUAAUUAUUUGCAAACUACUACAUAUAUCUACUAUUAAACAAGUAAAAUCAAAGGCAUGAGCUAUGAAACGCUCUUUCAAGAGUAAAUAAUGCAACACAACAUAACACAUUCUAACAAUAACAAGAUAACAAUACAUCAACUACACCAAGCAAACCAAAUGCACCUUUCUCCGACUUAAAGUCGAUGUUAAAAGGGUUUCAGAAAUUGCAAGUCCAUGGCAUCACAACUGAUGUAAAUCCUAAUGCCUAUAUUUAUUUUAUACGUUAUUCAUAUCAGUUGUUGGUUUUAUAAAUAUACUUCAGAAGAUUUUAUUAAAAUUAUUACAUACAUAUUCGAACACUUGUUUUUUAUUUUGGUAGUAUUAACAAACAACCAUUAGACAAAUAAUGUUUGGCAACGAAAAUUUCAUUCAAAAAAGCAAAAAAAUAUGUUGGAGGAAAAACUAAUUAAGGAAAUUCAGCAAAACGAAUGUCUUUGGAAUAAAUACAAUCCGGACUAUAAAAAUAAGCGAAAGAAGGAUAUCUGCUGGAGCUGUGUAUCAAAUAAUGUCGGCGAAUCUGUGGAGGCAUGUCGCAAGCGCUGGAAGUCUUUGAGAGAUCGUUUUGUAAUUGAAUUGAGCGCAAGAAGUAAAAUGGGCGGCAAUCUGCAUACAAAGAAGGAAUGGCUGUUUUUUGAGCAACUAUUUUUUCUCACAGCCGGCAUGACGCCAAAAGGUUAAACUUUUAGUUCACAAUCCGCGCCAUUGCUCAACACGCAACUGACGCAUCAGCCUAAAUUGAAGAACCCCAGCGACAAAAAAGAAAAACAACUUGAAACGCCAAGAACCACCGCGCUGAAGGGUGCCAGUGUCGCUCUGGGCUCGGAUGCACAACGUUAUGCUAACUUGGAUGAAACUUUUCGCACACUCGUGGAGAAUUAUUUGAAUUUUGUAAACACCUACAAACAGUCCGCCGAUCCGUUCCUGGCUGUCAUACAAGAAUUUUUCGACAAAGUGCCACAACACCGGCGUACAGCAUUCAAAAUGGAAAUACUCAACUACACCUACAAAAUGUACAUGGAAAUGAAGGAUUAAGCAAUAAAAAUAAGCGCGACUUGUUAAACGCGGCAUAUAAGACAACUUUUUAAACAUUGCACUGUUUUUCCCCCUACAUUUAUACGACUUUUGCUGCAUGUGACCGGAAGUAAACUUACUGCGUUGAGUCAACUUGUUGAUAAAGUGACGGUUAUUUUCGCCGAAUAACUGCGAUUUGAAUACACCAGAAAUUGGCAUUUCAACGUCUACCAAUUUGUUAUAAACUAUGGAAUAUUAUCAGAUUGCUUUGGCGCUUUUAGACUUACGUAAAAAUUCUUCUAUAUGUAUGUGUGUAUGUAUGUAUAUAUGUAUUGCGAAAAACCGCAAAUCAUGCUGCUACCGGAAGUAGGCCAUGCGCGCAAGCGACGUUUAUUAGUAGCUGUCAUAAAUCGCUACAAUUCGCACAGUUAACAGUAAAUAAGUAAAAUGACAUAUGCUUAGCACUUUUCCAUUAAAUGCAUAUACAAAUUCAAAUAUUCUUGGUAGCUUCGUGUUAAGACUUCAGCAAUCAAUAAGCCGAUUUGAUGGCUUUAAAAUAAAUAUUUACAAUAUUACAUAUGUAUAUUUGUAUAUAUUCAUACACAAGCGAAUUCAUGCAGGGAUAUUCGCUGUAUAACAGUUUAUUCUAAAUAUGUAUACUUGUGUACUAUCCUGUCUCUCUAGAUUCCCUAGAAAAAACGUGUAUAUAUUUUUUCCUUUAUAACCUUGGUAUCUGCUGUAUAAGUAUAUUUUCCAAAUACAUACAUACAUAUGUAUAUACAUAUUCCAUUUUGCAAUACUUCGUUCAUUCGCUCGUUUUUUCAUUCCGUAUCCGCCAUCGCACAUUAAUUAUCACGUUUUGCCUUUUGCUGCCCCUUCGCCAUUUAUCUUCGUUUAUAAUACGCUUUUGAUUUUACCGUCUUUCUGCUUAGCCUUCGUUGCUUCAGCAAAAGUAAAAGGCAAAAAGACUUAUGAACGCUAGGCACACAUACACACACCCUCCAUUUCGCACACACACUCACAUCCUACAAUGUGCAAUACAACACCAAUAACAGCGUCAGCGAUGUGAAAUUCAAAAAUGAGAAAGGCAUAGCAACGAUUAUUCAAAGGAAAUACGAAACAAGCGACAAUUUACAACAUCGCUUUUUGUGCAUUGAACAACGUAGCAACAAUACACAAUGCCUGCAAUGGCAUAAGCGGUCGCAGCAGAAACGGCAAUGUAACCAGAACCAGCGAUGAGUCGGCAACCAGCUUAGCAAGCAUUCAUUAACGAACGUUGUACGUUGUCGUCUAUUCAUCGCUCCCUGUCAUUGCGCCUGUGUGUAUGUAGUUGUUUUUCUGGCCAUUAAUGCCGCACACAGUUGUCGCUUAUCGACAUACAUCGAGUUUUUCAACCGAAGCGCAAAGUCGCCGCAAAGCAACAACACAACGCGUGCUGUGUUUGAAUGAGUAGAGAAAACGCACAGCUGCUGCCAAAAGGCAAGCGCAUAUGGUGUCGUUGUAGUUGUCGCUGCCACUAUACAGUCUGCCAUCUUCACACACUGUGUGUUGUUGUUUUUGUAACAACACACGGUUGUAUUAUGGCCUGCCGCACGAACACAGCCAACCACUUCGGUAACGCUGAGGGUCGUGCGGGUUUUUUCCAUGCGCUGUUUCGAUUUUCGCUGUCGCUGGCAAUACCCGAUUACAAUUAUUGUCUUUUCUUGACGUUUGUGUAUGCGCAUAUGGAUGAAUACCUACAAAGUUAGAUGUAAAUUUUAGCAAUUAUACACACUGUACUCUUAAAUGUACAUUAAUGUAAGUGUAUGCUUGUAGAAUAUUUUUAACUGAAGAGUUAUGUAUGUGUUUGGGUUCAAAAUCUUGUAAAAUUUACAUUUCGAGAUAAUUUAAAAAAAUGAGCACGAAAAAGGUCGAAACGGUCACUGUGCGGUGCACAGUUCACUAGCCGUUCCCAUUUGUUUGUGGAAUGUUUCAACGUCGCAUUGCAACCCUGAAUCAAGAUAGUCGCGAAUUGUAUGGCGAGCGGUCGGCGAACGAAGUCGAUUUGUGCAGUGCCAGCGAUUACCGACGAACUUGGAACAAAUGGACGCGCUUGGUUGCCGUAGAAUGAAAUAAGUAAAACGAAAAACCUAGUGAAUGCAACAACAAACACGUUGAUGAAGUUGCCAUAUAGUUGCAAACGUAAUGUCCAUAAUUUUGUUCGUAUACUGCCAACACACAUAUGAAAAGUAAUUUCUAAAAACACUGUUGCCCUACACAAGCAGUCCACAGCAUAACUUCUUGAAAUAGUGAUUUUGAUAGAGGUUAAUUGUUUAUAGGCAUCACAUUCAUGUCAGAGUGCUAAUAAUUUGUAUUUGUACUCCUUUUAAAACAACUAAACUCUCUUAAUUAACAUAAGGGAACUUGCAAGAAGUGAAAAAAGGAGAUCGGUAACUGGGAGUGCUCAGGGCAUAUAUUAAAUAUCCUAUAAAUUGACGGUUAGCCGGCAAGACAGCGAUUUAUUCACGCAUGUGCGUGGUUUUUUUGGUGGGUUUUAGUAAUUGUCGAGGUGGCAUGGUCAUACGAAACAGAAGGCAAACAAGCAGGCAAGUGAACGCAAACUGAAAAAUCAUCGGUCAGGCAGCAACGUUUUCGACGGCGACUAGUUUAGGUAAAUCUCAAAUCGCAAUCGCACCGCACAGCAACGGCAACGGCAACGGCAACGACAACCCGAGUACGGCAAGCAGCACACAGGCACACAAGCACACAUAACUCAGAGUGAACAGUGUGAAGGCGCUGUUGUCGCUGAAAUAAAAGCAAAGCGAGACACAACGACAACGAAGUGUACCACAAAAAGGAAAUGAAGAUAAAACGAGAAAAAGAAUUCUGUCGAUUUUUAUUCGUCGCUCGCGUAGACUGCGAAACUUGAAAGUGAAUUGAAAAUAAUUUUUA